AUGGGUGAUCAUAAAUUGGAGUAUGGGAGGAUUUUAGAUUAUAGGGAUGAGUUGCUUAGAUCUAAUCCUGGUAGUACAUGUGUAGUUAAGCUUAGUGAGGAAACUUUUGAAGGUGGAAAGAAACAGUUUGUUGGGUUUUACAUUUGUUUUGAUGCAAUCAAGAAGUCAUACCUAGCUGGAUGUAGGCCAUGUAUUGGGCUGGAUGGGUAUUUUUUGAAAGGGGUUUGCAAAGGUCAACUACUUGUAGCAGUUUGCAAAGAUGGAAAUAAUCAGAUGCUUCCACUUGCUUGGGCUGUUGUGGAAAUUGAAAAUCAGCACACUUGGAGGUGGUUUGUCAGCAUUUUAAAGGCAGAUCUUGAACUUGGGGAUGGUACAAACUUGACCAUGAUAACAGACAUGCAAAAGGGACUUCAAAAUGCCAUAUCAGAUAUACUCCCUAAUUUUGAGCAUAGGAUGUGUGCCAGGCACAUCCUAGCUAACUGGUCAAAGAAAUGGAGGGGCAUAGAGAGAAGGAACUGCUUCUGGAGGUGUGCAAGGUCUACAUAUGAAUGGGAGUUGAAGAAAAAUCUCAAUGAAAUGAAGAACUUGGGGAGUAACAUAGUUGAUGAACUGUUAUACUACAACAUUGAAAGAUGGAGUAAGGUAUAUUUCAACACUUACUGCAAGUCUGAUAGUGUUGACAACAACAUGGCAGAAUGUUUCAAUAACUGGAUUUUGGCAGCAAGACAGAAGACCAUAAUCACUAUGUUGGAAGAGAUUAGGGUGAAGAUGAUGAAUAGAAUAGCUCAGCUAAGACAGUUUGGGAACACUUGGAUUACUGAAUUUUCACCAAUGGCCAUGAAAGUGUUAGAAGAGAAUACUGAAAGGUCAAUGAAGUGUACCAUUUUCUGGAAUGGUGAGUUUGGUUUUGAAGUGAAGCAAGGCAUGGGUAGUACUGAAGUUAAGAUUUGGUGGACAUCAAUAGGCAAACUUGCACCUGUAGAGCUUGGAUGUUAA